AUGGUGGACUACGAUGAUGGCGAUAUUGUUGCUAAAGUGGUCGUUAAGGAUAUCAGAAUCAUGUUUGAAAACGCAUUGACUCCUAGGUCUAGAUUCUUUGGAUUGCCCAGGAAAAGAACAGUCUUCUUAAUGCUUACGUUAGCACAUAGGCUGUCCUCUACACAUGACGUAUCCAAAUGGACAACAACUACCAAUGUUGAUAAUAGAGGACGCGUAACGUAUGCGGAACACAUCAUCUUUGAUGUGCGCUGUACGGGUCCGUUGAAGAUAUCCUUCAAAUGCACUGAUCCGGAUGGCGUUGGUAUUGCUGCCAUUAUUGGCGAAGGAGCUAUCGACUUAUCGGAUUAUGGUGAAAUCCAACAUAAAUUUGUGUCAUUGUUGAGAAUCGGUGACAGGUCCAAGAUCGGGCAGUUAUCGUUCAAUGUAUUCUUGCUUUCACCCGGACCGCCUAAUGACUUGGAUAAAGCCAUUUAUAAUAGAGAAAUAUUCGGACGUCAUAUUGGCACACUGGCCGACAAGUUCAGAGCUCAUCUAGAAUGGAUCAUUAACAAACCCGCAGUGCAUUCCACACUAAAUUACUACAUAACUUCUAUGGGCGAAUCGGAAUACGCAAUACCAUUAGAGCUUCAUGUGAAACCAGAAAUAAAGUUAGAAAUAUGGGCACUGCAUAGAAGAUGGACCGCUAAAACGAGCGUAGAGUUGACUAGUCAGGCGAUAUGGCAAAAGUUAACUAUUGGACAGAAAUUCGAAGUUAAAGAGCCCCUCAUGGAGAAUAGGAACAGAAGGGGUAUGCUUAGCUUUACCAUCAGUUGCCACGGUUUGCUUAAAUUCAGAGACCUCUGUGGCAGUAGCCCUAUCCCAGUAACGCCCAAAGAAUCGCCAGCGGAACUGAUUCCGACACCUCUUUCGACCUCACUACCAGAAAUCGAUAACCUGAUUAGUUCGGGGAGAUCAACAUCUACUCGCUCAAAUAAUAGUCAGAUCACCUGGUCAGCUUCGAACGACAUAUCAUUUAACGGGAUCCUGCCAGAUGCAUUCCCGCAAUCGAGCCGAAUACCGGGUACCCUGCAAUUCUGUCGAAAAGGAUGCCCGUCUCUGAUAGAUUUUACAUACCCGCAAUCGAACCGAAUACCGAGUGCCCUGCAAUCCCCUCAAGAAAAUGUGUUCGAACUCCCUCCGUCAAACACCAUCUUCCGCAAACGAUAUCUGUUGAAAUGGCGACUGGACGUGUUGAACUCGAGCCAUCCUCUUUACUUGGGAGAACACCUUCGAACAAAGGAUACCUUUGUUGUCAAAAUAUUUUCCGUGCAAAAGGCAUGGAUCGAUGAAACAGAUUUGCUUGUGAAACUUAAAGGGAAACAUGUGGUGAAGCUGGCUGAUGCGGAUACUGACAAGAAGUACGAUCUUUAUUUCACCGUAACAGUGAAUUACGGGGAAAACUUGGAGAAGGAGUUACAAAGACUAAGAUCAUUACGAGAUACUCAAUCUCAGAGAGAAUUGUUCAAGAAUAUAUGCCAGGCGGUGCAGUUUAUUCAUUCGGAGGAGAUAGUGCAUCUCAAUCUCGAACCAUCAAAUAUUCUCUUAAAAGAGGACGGUAGCUUAAAGAUACGCAUCUGUGGGUUUUCCCAUGCCCGCAAGGUUGACUCACACAUAUAUCGUACUGACGAAGUGAGUAAUGGAUAUUGCAUCACACCGGGUUUCGGGUCACCCGAAUUAGUAUCAACUAGAGGCGAUAUCAGAGCCACAUAUGCACAAGAUGUCUUCUCACUUGGAUGUAUUUUGUACAAUAUUGUUUCGAAAAUGAAGCUGUACGAGUCGGAAGAAGCUUUUCCACGCAUACCCAUUGAAGAGUAUGUUGGUUACAAUUGUCAUGAUCAGCUUGUGGAAGAUUUGCUGUUGAAGAUGUUGGAGAGAGAUCCCAACAACAGGCCAACUAUCGAGGAGGUGUUAAGGGAUGCUUAUUUUGUCGGGAGGCCGCCGUCACCAGUUGACGAGAAGCGGUGGAUGUGGCUGAAAAAUCAACCAGUGACAUGA